AACAGAAUCUGAACCUGCGUCUCCCACGGGGAGUAGGUAACAUGAGGGAUCUGAACCACGUUGGAGUAGGUAACAAGAGGGAUCUGAACCACGGGGAGUAGGUAACAGGAGGGAUCUGAACCUGGGUCUCCCACGGGGAGUAGGUAACAGGAGGGAUCUGAACCAUGGGGAGUAGGUAACAGGAGGCAUCUGAACCACGGGGAGUAGGUAACAGGAGGGAUCUGAACCACGGGGAGUAGGUAACAAGAGGGAUCUGAACCACGGGGAGUAGGUUACAGGAGGGAUCUGAACCACGGGGAGUAGGUAACAGGAGGGAUCUGAACCACGGGGAGUAGGUAACAGGAGGGAUCUGAACCACGGGGAGUAGGUAACAGGAGGGAUCUGAACCACGGGGAGUAGGUAACAGGAGGGAUCUGAACCUGGGUCUCCCACGGGGAGUAGGUAACAGGAGGUAACUGAACCACGGGGAGUAGGUAACAGGAGGGAUCUGAACCACGGGGAGUAGGUAACAGGGGGGAUCUGAACCACGGGGAGUAGGUAACAAGAGGGAUCUGAACCACGGGGAGUAGGUAACAGGGGGGAUCUGAACCACGGGGAGUAGGUAACAAGAGGGAUCUGAACCACGGGGAGUAGGUAACAGGAGGGAUCUGAACCUGGGUCUCCCACGGGGAGUAGGUAACAGGAGGGAUCUGAACCACGGGGAGUAGGUAACAAGAGGGAUCUGAACCACGGGGAGUAGGUUACAGGAGGGAUCUGAACCACGGGGAGUAGGUAACAGGAGGGAUCUGAACCACGGGGAGUAGGUAACAGGAGGGAUCUGAACCACGGGGAGUAGGUAACAGGAGGGAUCUGAACCACGGGGAGUAGGUAACAGGAGGGAUCUGAACCACGGGGAGUAGGUAACAGGAGGGAUCUGAACCUGGGUCUCCCACGGGGAGUAGGUAACAGGAGGUAACUGAACCACGGGGAGUAGGUAACAGGAGGGAUCUGAACCACGGGGAGUAGGUAACAGGGGGGAUCUGAACCACGGGGAGUGGGUAACAGGAGGGAUCUGAACCACGGGGAGUAGGUAACAGGAGGGAUCUGAACCUAGGUCUCCCACGGGGAGUAGGUAACAGGAGGGAUCUGAACCACGGGGAGUAGGUAACAGGAGGGAUCUGAACCUGGGUCUCCCACGGGGAGAAACCAAGUAGGAGAAUGGAUUACUAGACCGUGUUGGCGGAGUGAAAAGCGAUUAGAGUUUUUAUCACCGCGUUGCCUCCCGGACGUGAGCCAGGUGCCCCGUUCAAAGCCCACGGAGAAGAUGGCUCAAAACAAAAAGUGACCCAGGCGAUACAUGUAGACUAAUGAGUAGAGGAUGCUGUGUUUUCACAUGCUGAAGUGGGGCUUUUGAUAAAAAUGGUUUAUUUGCCUGAAAGUGUAGUAUUCUUACCUCAGGAAGUUGGUGACUCCUGAAUCCGGGAGAACGGGCUUGUGGUAAAGGCUGGAGCGGAAUCAGUGGGAAUGUUAGAAAAUACAUCACACACACGGUUUCCAUGGUUUCUCCUGAAUCAGGGAGAACGGGCUUGUGGUAAAGGCUGGAGCGGAAUCAGUGGGAAUGUUAGAAAAUAAAUACAUCACACACACGGUUUCCAUGGUUUCUCCUGAAUCAGGGAGAACGGGCUUGUGGUAAAGGCUGGAGCGGAAUCAGUGGGAAUGUUAGAAAAUACAUCACACACACGGUUUCCAUGGUUUCCAUGUGUUGGAUGCCAUUCCAUUUGCUCCGUUCCCGGCAAUUAUUAUGAGCCGUUUCUCUCCUCAGCAGCCUCCAAAAGGUCUUAUAUAUAUGUUAAGAUUACUGUUCUAUUUGAGCAGGGCGCACCUCCCUCACCGGUUUCACCCAGUCAUGCUACAGGCCAUAGCCCGGUUCAACCUGGGGCAGGUUAAUCAGAUCACCUCAGUGUCCUGACCAUUAGACCAUAGCCCCGGUUCAUCCUGGGGCAGGUUAAUCAAAUCCCCUCAGUGUCCUGACAAUAGCCCGGUUCAACCUGGGGCAGGUUAAUCAAAUCCCCUCAGUGUCCUGACCAUAGCCCGGUUCAACCUGGGGCAGGUUAAUCAGAUCCCCUCAGUGUCCUGACCAUAGCCUGGUUCAACCUGGGGUAGGUUAAUCAGAUCACCUCAGUGUCCUGACCAUAGCCCGGUUCAACCUGGGGCAGGUUAACCAGAUCACCUCAGUGUCCUGACCAUAGCCCGGUUCAACCUGGGGCAGGUUAAUCAGAUCACCUCAGUGUCCUGACCAUUAGACCAUAGCCCCGGUUCAACCUGGGGCAGUUUAAUCAGAUCUCCUCAGUGUCCUGACCAUUAGACCAUAGCCCCGGUUCAACCUGGGGCAGGUUAAUCAGAUCACCUCAGUGUCCUGACCAUUAGACCAUAGCCCCGGUUCAACCUGGGGCAGUUUAAUCAGAUCCCCUCAGUGUCCUGACCAUUAGACCAUAGCCCCGGUUCAACCUGGGGCAGGUUAAUCAGAUCACCUCAGUGUCCUGACCAUUAGACCAUAGCCCCGGUUCAACCUGGGGCAGUUUAAUCAGAUCACCUCAGUGUCCUGACCAUUAAACCAUAGCCCCGGUUCAACCUGGGGCAGUUUAAUCAGAUCACCUCAGUGUCCUGACCAUAGCCCCGGUUCAACCUGGGGCAGUUUAAUCAGAUCACCUCAGUGUCCUGACCAUUAGACCAUAGCCCCGGUUCAACCUGGGGCAGUUUAAUCAGAUCACCUCAGUGUCCUGACCAUUAGACCAUAGCCCCGGUUCAACCUGGGGCAGUUUAAUCAGAUCACCUCAGUGUCCUGACCAUUAGACCAUAGCCCCGGUUCAACCUGGGGCAGUUUAAUCAGAUCACCUCAGUGUCCUGACCAUUAGACCAUAGCCACGGUUCAACCUGGGGCAGUUUAAUCAGAUCACCUCAGUGUCCUGACCAUUAGACCAUAGCCCCGGUUCAACCUGGGGCAGUUUAAUCAGAUCACCUCAGUGUCCUGACCAUUAGACCAUAGCCCCGGUUCAACCUGGGGCAGUUUAAUCAGAUCACCUCAGUGUCCUGACCAUUAGACCAUAGCCCCGGUUCAACCUGGGGCAGUUUAAUCAGAUCACCUCAGUGUCCUGACCAUUAGACCAUAGCCCCGGUUCAACCUGGGGCAGUUUAAUCAGAUCACCUCAGUGUCCUGACCAUUAGACCAUAGCCCCGGUUCAACCUGGGGCAGUUUAAUCAAAUCACCUCAGUGUCCUGACCAUUAGACCAUAGCCCCGGUUCAACCUGGGGCAGGUUAAUCAGAUCACCUCAGUGUCCUGACCAUUAGACCAUAGCCCCGGUUCAACCUGGGGCAGUUUAAUCAGAUCACCUCAGUGUUCUCACCAUUUGAACAAGAGGAAUUCCCCCUCUUUGACCUGUUACCCUGAUUACUUUUGAAGUCCCAGGCAGAACUACCUCAUCAGGAGGAGCCAAACUCACUACAUCAGGUUGCCAGUAGGUCAAGUACUCAAUUCACGACUUGUAUUCAAUUGGAAUAAUAAUCAAAUACAUGGUUCUAAAUGCAUCUAUUUCACAGGUUCGAUUUAAAAAGCACCAUGACAACCAACCUCCUUCCCGUUUCACUCGAACCAACCUCCUUCCUGUUUCCCCCAAACAACCUCCUUCCCGUUGCACUUGAACGAACCUCCUUCCCGUUGCCCCCAACGAACCUCCUUCCCGUUGCCCCCAACGAACCUCCUUCCUGUUGCCCCCAACCAACCUCCUUCCCGUUGCGCUCGAACCAACCUCCUUCCUGUUUCCCUCGAACCAACCUCCUUCCUGUUUCCCUCGAACCAACCUCCUUCCUGUUUCCCUCGAACCAACCUCCUUCCUGUUUCCCUCGAACCAACCUCCUUCCCGUUUCCCUCGAACCAACCUCCUUCCUGUUUCCCUCGAACCAACCUCCUUCCCGUUGCGCUCGAACCAACCUCCUUCCUGUUUCCCUCGAACCAACCUCCUUCCUGUUUCCCUCGAACCAACCUCCUUCCUGUUUCCCUCGAACCAACCUCCUUCCUGUUUCCCUCGAACCAACCUCCUUCCCGUUUCCCUCGAACCAACCUCCUUCCUGUUUUCCCUUCCUGUUGCCCCCAAACCAACCUCCUUCCUGUUUCCCUCGAACCAACCUCCUUCCUGUUUCCCUCGAACCAACCUCCUUCCUGUUUCCCUCGAACCAACCUCCUUCCUGUUUCCCUCGAACCAACCUCCUUCCCGUUUCCCUCGAACCAACCUCCUUCCUGUUUUCCCUUCCUGUUGCCCCCAAACCAACCUCCUUCCUGUUUCCCUCGAACCAACCUCCUUCCUGUUUCCCUCGAACCAACCUCCUUCCUGUUUCCCUCGAACCAACCUCCUUCCUGUUUCCCUCGAACCAACCUCCUUCCUGUUUCCCUCGAACCAACCUCCUUCCUGUUUCCCUCGAACCAACCUCCUUCCCGUUUCCCUCGAACCGACCUCCUUCCUGUUUCCCUCGAACCGACCUCCUUCCUGUUUCCCUCGAAACGACCUCCUUCCUGUUUCCCUCGAACCAACCUCCUUCCUGUUUCCCUCGAACCAACCUCCUUCCCGUUUCCCUCGAACCGACCUCCUUCCCGUUGCGCUAGUCUUUAACACCAGUUGUCUUUCUCUUACUAACACUGACUGAGCUGAAAGCUGCUUUACUGAGGAGUGUCUGCUACAUGACCAAGAUGUUCUCUACACAUCCUUCUUAAUGUCUUUCUCUCCAUCUCCUCUUUCUCUCCCUGUCUCUCU